AUGACUUGGCUGCAGAUCUUCCGUCUCGUCGCGCUGGGCUUCAGCGUGUUCUCGGGUAUCCUGGUGCUCUCUCUCGGGGCGGACCUCACCGCGCUCUCCGAGAAGUACUUCCAGGGCUUCGACAACUUCGAGGUGUUCGGUAUCGCCGUGGGCGUGCUCAACGUGGUCACCGUCACCGUCAUGCUCGUGGUCGACUACCUACGCACAGGCGCGUUCACCUCCAUGGUGCUUGUGGAGCUCAUCUGGAUUUCGAUCCUGUGGGUUCUGUGGCUCGCGGAGGGCGCGCUCACCGCAAACGACACAUCAGCCGUGUUCCAGACGUGCGACUUCGUGUCCACGCUCCUCAACCAGGCGUGCAACGAGACGCGCGCGAUCGAGGCGUUCGCGUUCAUCACCUGGCUCGUCCUGCUCGCAUACACGAUCACGCUCCUCACCGUCGCGCUCAUCAACGCCUCGCGCGGCGCGCCCAUGUGGACCUCCUCCGUCAAGCAGCACCCCUCCGUCGUGCCCAGCUCGAACCCUGCGCCCGCGCUCCCCCUCGUCGCUCCACAGCCGCACCAACCGCAGCUGCAACCCCAGAUGCAGAUGUAUGGGGCGCCGUCGCCCUCGCCUGCGCCUGCGCCGCCGCCAAGCGUGCAGGGGUACCCCGCGCCGCACGGGUCGCCGGCGGUGACGUACGCGUCGGGCGCGACGGCGGGGCAUAAUGGGCAUCCGCAGGUGUAA